GAGUUAUUGCUGAUGUUCCAAAGAAGCAGCAAAGGAUAAGUGUCCCUGGAUUUUCCCUUCAUACCUCUAUUAAUUUUCCUUUCUCUUGUCUCUUACAGGGUUGUGUUGAUCAUCCAAUUGUUUUGACAGAAGCGGUGUGCAAUCCGCUGUAUUCGAGACAAAUGAUGUCAGAGCUCCUCUUCGAAUGUUAUCAAGUGCCAAAAGUGUCCUAUGGCGUAGAUAGCUUGUACAGUUUUUACCACAACAGAAGGCAGAACUGGCCCUGCAGUGGUUUGGUGAUAUCUUCAGGUUAUCAGUGUACGCACAUUUUGCCAGUCUUAGAAGGCAGGUUGGAUGCUAAAAACUGCAAACGUAUUAAUCUUGGCGGGUGUCAAGCAGCUGUGUAUCUCCAACGCCUCCUUCAGCUGAAAUACCCGGGACACUUUGCUGCCAUCACUGUCAGUCGCAUGGAGGAAAUACUGCAUGAGCAUAGCUACAUUGCAGAGGACUAUAUAGAAGAGCUACAGAAGUGGCGGUCCCCAGAGUACUAUGAGAACAACAUGCACAAGAUGCAGCUGCCUUUCUCUAACAAACUGCUGGGAAGCACCCUGACAUCGGAGGAAAAGCAGGAGAGGCGGCAGCAGCAAUUGCGCCGACUUCAAGAGCUCAACGCGCGCCGUCGAGAAGAGAAGCUGCAGCUUGACCAAGAGAGGCUGGACAGGUUACUGUACGUACAGGAACUUCUAGAGGAUGGUCAAAUGGAUCAAUUCCACAAAGCUUUGGUGGAGCUGAACAUGGACUCUGCAGAAGAACUUCAGUCUUAUAUCAACAAAUUGAGUCUGUCUGUUGAACAGACGAAGCAGAAAAUCCUACAGGCAGAAGUCAGCAUUGAAGUAGAUGUUGUGGACAGCAAGCCAGAGACUCCUGAUUUGGAUCCAUUAGGCAGUGAACAGUCACUGGAGGAUGUGGAAAGUAUUAAUGAGUUUGAGCCUCUGUUUGCUGAGGAGCAGCCUGAAGUUGAGAAGCCUGUUGCUGCAGUGCAGCCCGUGUUUAACCUGGCAGAGUACCACCAGCUUUUCCUUGGCACUGAAAGAAUCAGGGCUCCAGAGAUUGUCUUCCAGCCCUCCUUGAUAGGAGAAGACCAGGCUGGUAUAGCAGAAACCAUGCAGUAUGUCCUUGAGAGGUAUCCUAAGGAGCAACAAGCUGUUCUUGUCCAGAAUGUUUUUCUCACUGGUGGAAAUACAAUGUACCCUGGACUGAAAGCCAGACUCCAGAAAGAACUCCUAGAGAUGAGGCCCUUCCAGUCGUCUUUUCAGGUUCACCUUGCUUCCAGUCCUGUUUUAGAUGCCUGGUAUGGGGCUAGGGAUUGGGCAGUGGAAUACAUGGCCCGUGAGGAAGGCUGGAUAACCAGAAAAGACUAUGAAGAAAAAGGGGGAGAAUACCUCAAGGAACACUGUGCUUCAAAUGUCUAUGUUCCCAUUCGCCUUCCCAAGCAGGUCCCACGGACAGCGGAGGCGUUAGCGCCUAGCAGAGUGCUGACAUCCAGCACGGGCAAUCCCUGUGAGCAGGCAUAGCUCCGUGCCUCCGUCACAGGCCCUCGGGUGGAGGUAACGGCGCAGGGAGAAGCCGUUACCGGGUUGCAGUAUGAGCUGUG